UUAUUGAUAUUUUAUUUCAUUUUUUUCUUAAUUUUGCAUAUUGUCGAAGUUUGUUUUCGUUUUUGUUUUUUAAAUUCAUUAGUUCAUUGUUGUUUCAAUAAAUCAAAAAUAAUGGCAUUAUCAGCUGUACGUCGUUUAAUGACCGAAUAUAAACAAUUAACAUUAAAUCCACCUGAAGGAAUAUUAGCUGGUCCAGUUAAUGAAGAUAAUUUUUUCGAAUGGGAAGCAUAUGUAACUGGACCUGAAUCAACGUGUUAUGAAGAUGGUGUUUUUUCAGCACGUAUUACAUUUCCAACUGAUUAUCCAUUAUCACCACCUAAAAUGCAAUUCACAUGUGAAAUGUUUCAUCCAAAUGUUUAUCCGGAUGGUCGUGUUUGUAUAUCAAUAUUACAUGCACCUGGUGAAGAUCCAUUAGGUUAUGAAUCAAUAUCGGAACGUUGGUCACCAGUACAAUCAGUAGAAAAAGUUCUGCUAUCAGUUGUAUCAAUGUUAGCCGAACCAAAUGAUGAAUCUGGUGCAAAUGUUGAUGCAGCAAAAAUGUGGCGUGAAGAUAGAAAAUUAUUUUUAGAAAAAGCUGAAGAAAUUGUACGUAAAUCAUUGGGUUUUUAAACAAUCAAA